UUCAAUGUCGUUUUUAUAACCUAUUUUUGUCUUGCAAGUUGCGAUCUUGCAUUUUAAUUUUUAACAUUUUAUUAGACACUAAUCAGUAAAAAAACUACUCAAAAGCUUUUUUUUUGUUUUUGUGUCGUUUGUUAAAUAAUUUUAUUUGUGCUCAUUGAUGCCCAAAUGAGUGAAACUAUGAGUUAUAGGAAAACAGCACACUCCAAAGUGUGAUAGAAAGAUUUUAUUUGAAAUAUAAAUUUGAAAAAAAAUGAGCUCUGCCAAGUCAAAAAAAAGAAAAGGCGCUUCUUGUGAUAGAAAAAUUACAACAAAAAAUAAACAUGUCGAGGAUCAAAAAAGUGAUGUUCUUGUUUUACCACCAGAUCUUUUGCAAAAAUUAGGCAUUAAUUUGGAAAAUAUUCAGUCACCGCAGCUUAGCUUGAUAGAAAACAAUGCAGGUGCCUGCAGUGAUUCAAACGAGUUUUUAAGAACAGAAGCAUCUGAAUUGAAUACAGCUAACAAAUAUAUUCACAAUGAUGAAAAAGAAACCUCUAUUUUAGAAACGGCUAGUUUGAUGAAAGCAUCUGUAUUUCUUAGCCCAACAUUUAGCUCGUUGAAAUCAAACAUUAGUUUAUAUACAGAAAGUAAUAACUCUGAAAUAUGUAUUGAAGAAAUUAUUUCAAAAACUUCUGAUACCAUUAAGACUGAUAAACAAAACAAGCAUUUUAAUAAUAAGGAUGAGCUAAAAGCAGACUGUUUAAAUAAUAUUAACACAAAAAUAAAUGAUUGUAAAAAAAGCAUUUGUGAAAAUGAAAUACAAUUAGCUAAUGUAAAGUCUACUUAUAAGGAUAUAGAUGAUAAUAUAGAACCUGUGAAAACCUCUGCAAAAGGGUUAAAAGAAAAAAAUGAGCAUUUAAAGGCUAUUCAAAUGAAAUCUAACAAUACAAAAGAGGAAGAGAUAUUGGAAUUUGAAAGUAUUAAAAUUUCAAAACAGAAUAAUUCAGCCCAUAAAAAUGCAUUGAUACCAACAGCAUCACUAACUUUAGAUACUACAAUUUCAUUGAGUAAUAAAUCAACAGAAAGGAAUGAAUCUUCAUCAUCAAAUACUAUAGAAGAUCGAUCAAAAAGACAUCAAGAUACAACAAAAAACAAACAAUGCAAGCAAAAAAUUAAUCAAGACAAACAUGAUUCUAGUGCCAAAUGUUCUCUUGAAGAAUUUGAUAGCCAACUUAAUGAACGCAAAACUCCUAAGGUCAGUAAUGUUAACGAUAGAGUUAUUAAAAGAGGGAAAGGAGAACUGGAUAAUAAUUCAAAUAAUUGUAGUUCACACGAUGAAAAUGUCAAAUUACGUGCAAGUUUGGAGGACGAAUUGAACUCAGAGUCGAUAGUCGAAAAAAAAUAUGGCGAAAAUAUCAGUGUGCAACACGAUCUAAAUACACGGACUAUUGCUAAGAAAACAAAUGGUGAUAUUUAUUUACCUACUACUUCAGAGUGCCAAAAUGAUAUUCGAAACAAACCAAUUGAUGUCAUGUGUAACGAAGAAAAUAAAAGUUAUGAUUCUCAUGAAGAACUAUGUGAAGCUAAAAAGAUAGGGCACGAAAAUAAUAAUUUGGAUAAGGGCCAAAAAGAUAAUGAAGUAGAUAGUAACUGUACUGAAAAUGCUCCUUGCAUUUCUCAAAAAUUGAUUGAUAAUAUUGAUAACAGGUCCUCAGAGUCAAAGUCAUCCUUAGGUAAGGUAGAAGAAAUGGCUUUCUAUUUAAGUCAACAUACACAGAGCAGCAUGAUCAAAAAUAUAAAAACAACACAAAGUACAAGCAUUUCUAAAUCAUGUAUUCAAGGUGUUGAAAAACCUGGUGGAGAUAUAAAGAGCAUUCAUUUAAAUAGAAAUAUAAAAACUUACUCUAGGCAUAGAAAUCCAAAAUUAUCUAAUACUACAAGUGUUCCUCUUGUAUCCUAUUCAGAAUAUAAUGUAGGUAGCGAUAUAGAUUAUAACAUUAACGAUAUAAAUCUAUAUUCCGGAACUGAGAAAUUGCAUACUUUUUGUUUGUGUGACGAUUACGGUAAUUUUUUCAAUUAUGAUUUUGAUAAUGGUUAUGGACAUAUCCAUUUUUGGGAGCGAAAAGAAAUUCAGUGCUCAGUUGAGACUUUGUUAAGCAUAUAUGAGGAGAGUAAUUUAACAGAUGAGAAAGAAGUAAACUUGCUAAGCAUUUUUGAGAUAGAAGACAUAGAUGAAGAAAGCCAACAAGGAAUGCCUAGUGAUUCUGAGACGAAUAUCUGUUGGAAUUAUGAUGGAAAUAAUAUAAGUAAAAAAGAAAAUCAAGAAUAUAACCCUCAAAAGUUACCAAAUAUGAAUGAUGUAGAAUGUGUUGCUAAUAAAAAUGAUCACAUCGAUAAUGCUGAAACUCUGUUAAACAAGGGUAAAAGGAAACGUGUAGAUAAAACAUCUGAAAGUGAAUCAGAGAGCGAAAAACUUAGCAAUAAAAAAGCAACUACAUCUAUCAAAUAUGGAGGGUGUGGUAGUAAAUCGAACAAUCAUAAUAUAUCUAAAGCACAUUGUCUCAUAGCGCUGAGGGCAGGCAAAGAAAUAAAUGAUGACAAAGCAGCUGAUAUCACACAAACUUCCGAAAUCGUUAUAGAAGUGCCUCUAGCUCAUGAAAUGUUGAAGAAAGAAAAAAGUGAAAAACCUGUAUUAGAUAUUAAAUCUGAGAAAAAACAGAUGACUGAACUACGAAAACGACAGAAAACAGAAAUAAAAGAAAACGUGGAAGAACCCUUACAAUUAGGGAAUGUAGAAAAACAAUUAACUGGAAAAGAUUUGUGGCAAACAGAAAAUAGAGAAGACCAAGUAGUUGAAGUAUUUCAGAUAGUAACAGAAGAAGAACAAAAUAUUCAAAUGCCUGUAUUACAAUUAUUAGAAACAGGUCUAAAUCAAGAAGCUGUAGUGCAACUAGAAGGAACUGGAGAAAACCAGGAAGCUGAAAUGCCUGUAUCAUUUGAAAUAGGACAAAAACAGGUACAUGAAGGUCAAAAACAAGCACCAAAAGUACUUACAUUACAAGGAAAAACAGAACAAAAACAAGCAGUUGUGUCUGUAUUUGAAAUAGAAAAUAGACAAAAGCAAGUAGCUGAAGUGCCUGCAGUUGAUACAAAGGAGAAAUAUGUAACUUGUGGUGUGUGUAAAACCAUUAUUUAUGACAGUUUAUGGAUGGAGCAUAUAACUCAAGAACAUAAUUACAUUGCUUGGAAAGACGGUGAACAACCUUUGGAUUAUGAAGACGAGGAAGAUAUUCGUCAUUAUCUGAAUAAUAUAAUAAAAGAAGUUGGCGAAUUAGUUUGUAAAAUAUGUGGCCUAAAACGCAAAUUCGCAAAAUCUUAUUUAAAGCAUAUUAAGAAUUGUCCAAUCGCGGGACAGUCAGAUGACCAAAUAGUGGAUCAAGCUACAACACCAGUUUCCAUUAAAUCUGAAGAAAUAGAUUCAGAAAAUACCAGAGGCAGAAGAGCAAGAAAAGAAAGAAACUAUAAAGAUGACACAGAAAGCAGUGAAGCAUUAAAUGUAGAAAAUAUCAAAAAAGAAAAAAUCAAUAAAAUCGGUAAAGAUAAAACUAGGAAAUCAGACGCAGAAAUUGUUAAAAAAGUUGAAACUGAAAAUUUUACAGUUAAAUGCGGUGUCUGUAAGCUAGAACUUUCAAAUGCUCAAUGGAUGGAACAUAUAUUCAAAGAACACGAUUAUUUAGCUUGGCAAGAGGGAGAGCCAGAAAUAGAUAUGAACGAUAAACAACAAGUAUACGAUCACUUAUUUUACAUAACAAAGCAAAAUGAUGGAUUAACUUGCAAGAAGUGUGGAUUAACACGUCGAUAUGUUAAAAGUUAUUUAAAGCACAUAGACAUUUGCGAGGGCGAGACGGAGACUCCUAACAGCACAGUGGGUUCCGACGGUGCCAUGGACGUCAGUACUAUUGAUACACUUAUUCUGGAUCUGAGCAAUGAUGAAAAGACGAAAUGUGGAGUGUGCCAUAUGGACGUUGAAGCCAAGCAAUGGUUCAAUCAUGUACAUAAAUGUCACGCCUAUUUGGCUUGGAAAGAAGGAAAACCAGCUUUGGACUUGGAAAAUGAACAAGAAAUUCAGGAGUAUUUAUACUUUGUGAGCAAAAAAUACAAUGGUUUGAUAUGUCACAAAUGUGGCUUGAACAGGAAAUAUGUGAAGGCAUAUUUGACCCACUUAGAGUCUUGUGAAUCUAAGUUACUUGAUGCCUCUAUCGUAGGGGAUGGAACUUCUAAUAAAGAUUCGUUCAUAUGCGCUGUUUGCUCCGAAGAAGUGGAUCCAAAAGAGUGGAACAACCACGCGAUGAAAAUGCACUACAAUAUUGCUUGGGCUGUAGGCGAUUAUCCUGUUGAUGUAAAAAACGCCAGUGCAGUCGAAAAACUAUUAAAGGUGUACCAAAAACAGAAUGGCAGUUUCAAAUGUAAGAUAUGUGGUAUGAAAAGAGCGUCGGCCAUGGGCUUCUACGUGCAUAUCAUACAAUGUGGGAAAACGGAAGAAGAAAUCGAUCAAUUUAAAGUGUUUUGCGAAUUAUGCAACAGUAAAUAUCUGUGCUUUUACAAAAGCCAGCACGGGAUAAUGCAUAGAGAACAGGAAUUAUCGAAGAGGAGAAAGUUAAUGAAUUGUGAAAAAGAAGAAACGCAGGAUAGUACACAGGAGGGUACUGAAAUAGAUUCCCCUCAAACUGGGCCACUCUCUGGACGAAGACGUGCUGCUGAAAAGGCAAGACAAUUCAUCGAGAAAUCUGAAACGUUCGCACACAAAUGCUCCAAAUGUGGCUAUGGCGCGGACGACAAGGCGGAGUUAGACGAGCAUGCUUGUACCAAAGUGAAGUAUAAGGACUAUAGUGACUCCGAAGACUCCGCGCUAAUCGAGUCGGCUGACGAGUCCCUGGACAGCGCAGUAGACUCCAACUUGUCCGAUGAAGAGGCUUGCUCAGAACGCAGGAGAAAGAAGGGGCAUGGUGAUUUAAGUGCAGCAACAAAAGUACCAAGGAUCCCAUUUGCUGUAAAAUGUGCGAAAUCAUAUUUAAAACAAAGCAUGGAUGACUAUCGUAACGCAUUUCUAACAAAUGGAGCACUAUACCCUCGGUGGCGAACGUGCGAUAUAGAAUUAAUCGCGGACGACCAAAUAGCACCAUAUUUGCCAACUCUGAAGGAAUCUUGCAAUGUGAUAAUCGGUAGAUCUGAUCCCGUUACAUAUAAUCUGUUCCAAGCUAAAAAACAAAACGGGUUCUCAAUAUUCGUUGGUGGGUGUAUUCAAGCCAUUUCGUGGGCCCCUCCACACUUGGGCGAUAGCAGCGAUGCAUUGGGGCACUUUUUGGCCGUGGUCUGCCAUAACAACGUCGAUGCACCGCGGCUCGACUGCGCCAAGACUUACGAGUACUCGGGACUCAUACAAAUAUGGGACUUUGGAGAUCUAUCGAGUACAUACCCGGAGUUUGCCCUGGGAAUAGCGCACGAUUAUGGUACAGUUUGGGCAAUCGAUUGGUGCCCUUCGGGAGUAAGAGAUGUUUUUCCUUUAGAGGAAGAUAAUGAGUCUAAUUCAUGUACGUUUCUGAGACUUGGCCUUUUGGCCGUGGCGUGCUCCAAUGGCUCCGCUUAUAUUUUCUCUGUGCCUUAUCCUUCAAUAGUCAAAUUUAAUGACAAAAAUGUAUAUAAGCUAACUCCAGUUGCAGAACUUAGGUUGUCUAGAGGAAUGCGACGAGAUUCAUGUCAAGCCACUUCGAUUAGCUGGUCUCCGCAAAACGGCCAUGGAACAGUUAUGGUGGGGUACUCCAGUGGCACGGUUGCAUUGUACAAUUUGGAAUGCGAUUCCCCGCUGUUGAUGGAGAAAGAAGGCGCGGUCAACAUAUUCUAUCCUUUUCUAGACGAGCGUCCCCAUAGUUCUUGUAUAACAGAUGUCAAGACGUUUCCCAGUAGCGUGGGUGCCGGGUUGAUGAGCAGCGUGUCGCCGACCGGCAGCGAGACGGCCCAGAUGCGCGGCUUCGCGCGGAUACACAAACACUUGUCGUCCACUUCCUCUGCGUUUGCGCCGCACUGGCCCGCUCUGAUGGUGUCGGGGAACGAACUUAUUGUGAACCAAGCAGUAAACGAGUUGGAUUUCUGGCAUCAGGGGCGGCGCACGGGAGCGGUACAGAGGUGCUGCGGGUGUCUAUACUGUGGGCAUAUGGCCAACUUCGCGCCGCCCGUCCUCAAAAUCCUCACCACACAUCCCGCCUACACCGAUUUCAAUAAAGAGCCAAUCGCCGUUUUUCAAAUGAGGCCACUGAGUAAAAAGCGACCAAAACAGAAGAACGACGAACUUCAAGUGAAGUUGGAACCUCUUACGUACCACGAUGCCGUGAAAUUGUAUGCUUUAGACUUCAAGCUUAUUAAGGACCUUGAUAAGGAAUCUGCCAAACAGCUCAAUAAACCUAGGGAGCAAUAUCCGGAGAGGUUUCCUCUGAGUGAUGUACCGUCUAUGGCUUUCUACCCUUCGCAGAAACACCACAAGAAACUAGCCGUGGCCACACACGCUGGCAUUAUAUUUAUUUUAACUGAUGAUGUUGCUUUAUGAAAAUGUUGAAACUGAUUUGUUGUUAUUGUAUAAAUUAUUAAGAUGCGCACCUACCGAGCGUGAAACAAAAGUGAUACUUUAAAUAUCUAAGAAGAAUGAAUAAGCAUAGCAAGCAAGCAGUCUUGGCUAUUUAUUUGUAUUGUUUUUCUUCUGAUGUGUUUAUGUAUGUAGGCCCUUGUAUUGUAUCACGUCGACGACUAUCGUUGUCAUUAACAUUACACAAAAGCUAGGUAUCCUUCUAUGCUUAUUAACUGUUUUAAGAAUAGUAUGUAACUUUAUACCAAAGAAUCUUUUAAACUUAUCAAUUCUUAAGAUUAAAUUUUAUUGAGGACAAUUAACUCCUGUUGUUUUGUACUUUGAACUGUAGUAUAAACAUAAAUUGGUCUUCGUAUUAUCCGUAAUAAUUUGUAUUUGUAGUAUAGUUUAAUCAAAAAUGUCUACAUAGUUUAUUCUAAAAUAUUCUAGGUAUACCAGUUCAUUUUCAAAGUAUGGAUCGCGGAAACCAAGCCUAGUUACAAAUCUUUCAUGGGCUCUGUUAUGAAACAGGUCCAAAUGAAAACAAUUUGAAAAAAAGUAACCACCCUAUCACUACCUAAACGCAAUGGUAUUCAAAUGCAAACGUGUGCUUGCGGGCCUCGUGUUAACUUCACUCACUAAGUCACUACUUCGUUAUACUACCAACGUUAUUACAUAUUUUGUGAGUAAAGUUAGCAGGGGCUAGUGUAAGUUGGCGUUUGAAUAGGGUGAUGCAGCGAAGGUUAAAGCAUAGAAGACCACUUUCUAAGAAAUGUCAUUCGAAAAUAAACAACGUAACUUACGUUAAACACGUGCCUUCAACAGGCUCAUGAUUGGUGCAUACGUACUGUGUGUGAUACGACACUGGUUGCUGUCGAGAUUGACCGUAACGGUGACAGUUCUGAGUUACAAUCGACCUAAAGACGUGAGCUGUUGAGUAUAUACGUCUAUAUAUGCACCGCCCACCACGGUAUAGUUUUCGUUAUGCCAUAAUAGAGCGUACGUAAUGCUUCUAUGUUUUCUCCUUCGCUGAGUACACGCGGUUUUCCUUUAUUUAGUCUGUUUUCCUCUGUUUAGUCUGUUUCAAUGUUUUCUUAAGUUUAUGAAUAGAUCAUGCGAAAUGCCAUAGUCCCAAUAUAUAUGCAUGAAAAUUUUUGUAUAUGUGUAGAUAAUGUGAUUAUUGUACAUUAAACUUACUGUCAAACAAGUAAAUAUAGCUAUGCAUUUGAUAUAGGGUUUUUUGUGAUUCGUUGAUUAGGUUCAUGCUACAUAUUUAUGUUUUUAAGAAAAAUUGAUCGAAGAACCGUUUGGGCCUUGUUCUAAUGUAAAAUAUUCAAACCUAACAUGUACCUAAAUAUAUCUUUUAUUUCUAUGAAACAACUUCCAACUUGCGCAAUACGAACACCAGACGUCACCUCGGAUGAUGGUAGUGCGCUGGUUACAAGAUGGGGAGUUGUACAGUAUUUGGCUGCUCGGUUGCGGGAAAACUGCAUCAAUUAUUAUUACAAUCGCAAUCGUUGUGAUUGGCUGAACUUAUAGUAUUCUUGUUGCAACAAUACAUUGUAGCCAAUAAAAAGCGAGUAUCAACCAAUCAGAGAUGAUUGCGAUCAUGACAUUGCAGGUGUCAUUCUACCGUUAUCCAGCCGCUGAUUUCUGUGGAUUUGUUACUAGUCUAAAUACCGAUUGUUUAUAUAAAAAAAGCUUCCUUAAAUAAAAUACAAGAAUGCGUUACUUAGGUAGUAGCUAGUUUCGAGGAUGAUGUAAACGGUUUCUACAUUAAUAUUAUGUAAUACAUAAGUAGAUAAGUAUAUUUUGUAACAAUAUUAUAGGUAUCAUAUGAAUGAUUUUUAUCGUUAUCUUAUAUCGUUAUCUUACUUAUGUUUGAUAAGCAAUAGAUUUCGUCGUUUCAGAGUUUUAUGUGUAAAUAUUUCAUAGUUUUCGAUUUAGCUUAAACAUGGUUAGUUGUGAGGUACGUUAGGUAGGUAUUUUCAUGAACGGAAACUAAACAUGAAGAGACUUGAAAAAUCGAUAGACCAAGGUCAUGGUACCAUUGAACUUGUUAGACAAUUCGGCGGUACCUAGUACGAAGUACUCGGAAUUGAGUUAGUCACUCACAAUACGCCACGCGAUUGCAGUUUGGAAAACAGAGAUUAUGAGAAGGCAUUUUAAACAUGACUAAUAUUCCCCUUUCUGCAACUAAUUAUAAGGCCGCGGCUUCGAGGACAGCGGCGGGUGGAGCGGAGCGGGCGGCGGGCUCGUGGGGAUGAUAAUAGGGAUGAUGACUACUAGUCCAAUCAAACAUCAAAACGCUCGCUUAAUAUGCGAGCUUGUAUGAAACAUAGAUGCUGCGUCGAAUGUUUAUGAAAACAUUCAUGUGAUUUGCCGUAGUUUUGAGUUAAAUCGAUAAUUUAAAAUGGUUACAAACUUAUAACUAAUAGUGGACGUUGUUUUUAAGAAUUUGGAAGACCCUGCAUUUAAAUUCCUAUAUAAACCUCUCUGUGGAUACAGUAUCGGUAAGAAUAAGAAAAUGAACGCGGGAACAGAUCAUAGUUAUCUAUUCAAUUUAAAGGUAUUAUGUUCGCCAGUAAUAAAUAAGUAAAUGUUGAUUAACUUCAAAUAUAAUGGCAUUUAAAGAAUACAUUUUAUCUAUUUAAACAGCUGUAAUUGUACCAAGGUUCCCAAGUUUUCUGUCUCAUGUGCCCAAAUUAUUAGCACUGUAUCAUCAUCAUCAUCAUCAUCAUCAACAACAACGGAUAGACACAGGGACUUCCACACGCCACGAUCUUGCGCCGCCUGAAUGCAGCGGCUUCCUGCGACUCGCCUGCUGUCGUCCGUCCACCUAGUGGGGCGUCUUCCAAUACUGCGCUAUCCGGUGCGAGAUCGCUAUUCCAGCACCUUUGGAGCUCAACGUCUAUCGGUUUUUCCAACUAUGUGCCCUGCCCAUUGCCACUAUGCUAUGUCGGUUACUCUGGUUCCCCUUACGGAUCUCCUCAUUUCUGAUUUGAUCACAUAGAGCAAUUCUAAGCAUAGCUCUCUCCAUCGCUUGCAUCGACUGAGCUUUCUAAUGAGGCCCAUAGUUAGCGACCAUAGCACUGUAUACCUAGUAUAAUUUAUCUUCUAGAAUCUAGACUAUUUCAAAACAUUUUUUUACAUUUCAUAGUCAGUGUUUUGUUACAAAAUUGUAAAUUAAGUUCGAGCUAUGUUAAGUUAUAAAUAGUUUAUGUUUGUGUAUAUUAUGUUUGGUUUUAGUUGUAUUAGGUAUGUACUUCUAUUUAUUUCUAGUUUUAAAUGAACCACAUAUAUCGGAUAUCAGUGAUAUUAAUAUUAUAUUAUUCAACUGUAAUGUAAGAGAAUAUUAGAAAUAUGUUAUGCUUGUUGCCUAAUAAAUCUUUUAGUUAAA